ACCUCAACACCACACCACUGAUAUUCUUCAUGGCUCUCGAGGUACUCAAGUCGCGUCGUCGCGGCGACUACAACUUCACCCUUGAGUACAGGACGCGAUGGAGCGACAAUGACAUGUACCACCAUAUGAACAACAGCGUCUACUACUACCUGCAUGUCUUCCCACAUUUUGAUUCUGUUGUCAACACAUAUCUGAUUAAGCACUGCGCACUGCACCCACCAACGUCUCUCGACAUCGGCCUGGUUGUUCAUUCUCAUUGCAACUACCUUGCUCCAAUCGAGUUCCCUGCAGUCGUUGACUUGGCCCUCAGGGUAAACAAACUGGGAAAGAGCUCUGUCACGUAUGAGAUUGGCGUCUUUGAACAGGGUCAAGAAGAAGUCAAGGCAGUUGGAGAGUUUAUCCAUGUCUUCGUCGACCGCGAGAGCAGACGGCCGAGAAAAGAUGGUAUGACUGAGGCACUCAAGGCGGGUCUCGAGAAGUUGCUCGUGGAAAAGUCGAAGCUCUGAGUUUUGUCUAUGCGUCAGACAAAGCUAUGUCAACCAGCUAGGGCUACGGCCAUCAUUCUCCUGCUCGAUUAAUUCGGCAUACAAGUUGCUUAAUACUCCCAUCAUGCCCGUUGAAGGAGGUUGGUAAUUGAACGCUUGAGAUAUUGGAUACACCCCAUAUAACGAUAGUCAGAAGAUGGAUCUGGAUAAUUUAGUGAUCACAAGAACAGACUUUAAUUAAGAAGGUUUCACCCA